UUUCCGUCAAAUAGUCAAAUCACACACAACACAUUUGUUAACUCGUACCUAUGAUGGUAGAAUGUGUUUGUCUUCGCAAGAUAACCAUAGAGUGACCAGGGCUUGCUCGCAUGUAAAACCGUUGUAAAGAUUCAACACAUAAUAUGUAAAGGGAAAAACUAUGGAUGUAGUCAAUGCAGAGAAAGCACCAAUGGAGAAUAAGAGUCGGGAGAAAGUUAAUAGACGGAACCGAAAACGGGAGAAGUAUGUGCCAUCCUCCGAGCCCCUGGAGCUUCCGUUUUGCCGGAUCUGUGGAAAGAGAGCCUCCGGGAUACACUUUGGAGUCUACAGCUGUGAAGCCUGCAAGGCAUUUUUUCGCCGAUGUCUCCAGCGAACUUCUCCAUAUAAGUGUGACAAAGGUGGAAACUGCAUUAUAGAUGAACAACAGAAAGGGUUAAAUUGCUCCGCAUGUCGUCUCAAAAAAUGCCAAGAGCUCGGGAUGUCCAAAGAAGGAAUUCGACAGGGGCGGUACACAGUCGCAGAGCGGACGAACGUGAUAAUGGAGGUGAAAAAAUUACACAAAAACGGCAUUUUACGACAGAAUCAGUGUCAAAACAGUGUGACGUCAGAUCCGAACGGCAGACUUUCGGUUCUUUCAGAUUCCCUCUCACCUCCAGACUCUUCAAUAAAUUUUUCGCCCGAUGUUUACCGAAAGGAUGAAGUCCCAUCCUGUUCGUCGUCCGUGUUGUGUUCUAACUCACUAACUUCCGGUUCCCCCGGAAGUAUCAUUGAUUCACCUAAUAACCAUGCUUGUAUUCUUGAUAUAUCAGAAGAGAUCCUCACCAAACAGGCUGUGAAUCAAAGUACAAUCACAAAGACAUCGCUAUGUGCUCCCGACUCCCAAUCAAAUCAGUCGGAAGCGCAUACGCUUAGAGAGAACUUGAUGAAGGGUUACAGGGCGCUGCAACCUUUUGAAAGGUCUCUGAAUGACCAGGAAUUGGAAAAACUGUUUGAGGAGGGUUAUAAAAAAUACGUAGAAAAGACAAAACUUUUUGGAAACCUGGAGUUUCUGCCGGCGGAUGAAUACAACGAAAUCUACGAGAAAACACAGGUGGACGUUGACGGGCGGAUGAAACUACUGCAGGACGGACGGCGUGAUAUGGUCCAGAUUGUAAAGGAGUAUGUGCAAUUUACACACGGAAUUCCAAACUUCAAAACCUUAAGUCCAAAGGACCAGUCCACGCUUUUAAAAGCCUCCCGGUUCGAGUUUUUCGCCAUCCUUCAGUACCGGGCCCUGGACUCUGAGCGAGAAAUGAUGAUAAGUUACACGGGCCAGAGUUUCCACAGGUCCGAGAUCUGUCCUUACACACCUGUCGAGGUGUUCAGGGGAUGGUUCGAGUUUGCCAGGAGGGUCAAGGAGUGCGAUUUUUCUCAAGAGGAGCAUGCUUUGGUGCUCGCCAUCUCUCUUACAUUCCGAGAUAGGUGUUCCCUGGAAGAACCCGACAAAGUGGAGGAAAUUCAGACGAAGUUGACUGAGUCGCUGGAAAAUCUCUUGAAGGAAACCCACGGACAAACUGGCGGAAGACGACUGGCCAAAAUUAUGGAUCUAUUUGUCCGUUUGAGGGCGCUGGGAGAGGAAUAUCUCCAACUUUACAAAACCUUGUGCAAAGACAAACUGCUAACGAAAGUCAUUCCGGAAAUGCUACAAUUUUUGUUUGACGAAUAGUCUCCGAUUGUCAAAAUGCUGCGAUAUAUGUUAAUUCUUACAACAAAUGAAUCAAUAAGAUAAUA